GUACAACCUACUGUGUUGGCUGUUAAACACUGAACUAUCUGUUUUUUUUACAGCUGAUAAAGAAGCCUUGGUCAUGAAUGAAACAGCAGAGUUGGCCAAGUCCAUACCUGUCAAACUUCUGCUGUCCAUUCUGCCAGGUCUCGUCUUCAUUUAUUUUAACGGAGUUAUGCUGUACGCCUUGAUGAGUAAGCACUAUUUUCGGGAAUCUCCUCGUUACAUGCUUUUUGCCCAUCUUCUCUACACUGAUUCUCUCCAGCUCGUAGCCUCUUUGACACUGUAUUUGUUUGCUGCGGCGAAGGUCAGGGUUAUCUUCUCCGUUUGUACUGCUGUCACUUUAUUGGCAAUAGCUUGUGUUAAAAUAUCACCCUUAAAUCUGGCCGUGAUGUCUUUGGAGAGAUACGUCGCUAUUCGCUUCCCUCUAAGGCAUGCUAACAUCGCCACAACAAAGAGGACCAUGGUAGCCAUCACUGUUGUAUGGACUGUCAUCUCCUUUGACUCCCUCACACAGUGUUUGCUGUUUGUCAGUCAUGAGAAGGAGGUGCUCCCUUUGUCACCAGUCACUUGUCACAAGAACAGCAUCUUCCGACUGCAGACCCGUUCUAUUGUAAAUGUAACUUUCAUAUCCAUAUAUUUUGUAAUGGUGGGCUUUAUUAUUAUUUUCACAUAUGUCGCUGUCUUGAUCACUGUGAAAAUAGCCUCAUCUGAAGUGGAAAAUGCCCAUAAGGCCCAUCGCACUCUGUUGCUCCACUUCUUCCAGUUGUGCCUGUGUCUUCUAUCGCUCCUGUUCAACAUGGUCGAACCAGAGAGCCACUGGUCCGUAGAUACAACCGCAUCCAGUCAUGUUCAGUAUAUACUUUUUCUCAGUCUUAUUAUUUUCCCCAAAUUUUUGAGUCCUUUUCUGUAUGGCUUAAGAGACAACACUUUGAGACAGGUAUUCAAAUUUUAUCUCACCUUUGGUCUGAUGUCCCACAAUCCAAGACUUGAAUGUAUAUUUUAA